CUGUGUCGCCAGCUCCCUCCGUCCCUCCCACUUCCAUCCUCAGUUUGUUAUUGACCCAGCAGCCUGCCCCAGCAGCAGAGGCAGCAGUGUCUGCAGGAAUCUCUCCUCCCUUGCUGUGAGCUGCCUCCUGCCUGUGCUGACUUCAAGAAGCCAGCCAGGGACCCUGGUGCCCACUGUGCUCAGCCUGGAUUUCUCCAGGAAUCCCAAGAGGGUUUCAGUGGAUGGCUUGGAAGGACUUGAUUAAGGGCAGUAGCCUGAGCAUAGGACUGACAGGCAGCUCAACAAAAGGGGUUCAUCUCUUGCCAGUGCUGUGGGGCCUUGGGGGCCCUGACACUCACUAUGCUGGCCCCAGGCAGCAGCCCCAAGUGGAGGACGAGGCUAGCCCCACCAUGGGGGCAGAUCUACUGGAUCACCUGCUGGAUCACCCUGUAUACCACGGAGGCUCUGCCCACUUGCCCGUUCUCUUGCAAGUGCGACAGCAGCAAGCUGGAGGUGGACUGCAGUGGUCUGGGCCUCACCAGUGUCCCUCUGGACCUGCCCGCUGCCACCCGCACCCUCUUGCUCUUGAACAAUAAGCUGACCACCCUGCCGAGCUGGACCUUUGCCAACCUGUCCAGCCUGCAGCGGCUGGACCUGUCUAACAACUUCCUGGACCAGCUGCCGGGCUCCAUCUUCGGAGACCUGACCAAUCUGACCGAGCUCCAGCUGCGUAAUAACAGUAUCAGGACCCUGGACAGGGACCUGCUGCAGCACGUGCCCCUGCUGCGCCACCUGGACCUGUCCAUCAAUGGCCUGGCCCAGCUGCCCCCUGGCCUUUUCGACCAGCUGCCUGCUCUGCGCUCCCUGUCUCUGCGCUCCAACAGACUGCAGAGUCUGGACAGGCUGACCUUUGAGCCCCUGGGGAGCCUGCAGUUGCUCCAGCUUGGGGACAACCCCUGGGAGUGUGACUGCAAGCUGCGCGGGUUCAAGCACUGGAUGGAGUGGUUCUCCUACCGAGGGGGGCGUCUGGACCAGCUGUCCUGUACCCUCCCCAAGGAACUGCGGGGCAAGGACAUGCGUGUGGUGCCCAUGGAGAUGUUCAACUACUGCUCCCAGCUAGAGGAUGACGCCAGCUCCGCAGGCCUGGAUGUCCCCGGGCCACCCUGCACCAAGGCCAGCCCAGAACCCGCCAAGCCCAAGCCCGGGGCCGAGCCAGAGCCGGAGCCCAGCACCGCCUGCCCCCAGAAGCAGAGGUACAGGCCUGUGAGUGUGCGGAGGGCCAUCGGCACUGUCAUCAUCGCCGGCGUGGUGUGUGGUAUCGUGUGCAUCAUGAUGGUGGUGGCCGCUGCCUAUGGCUGUAUCUAUGCCUCCCUCAUGGCCAAGUACCACCGUGAGCUCAAGAAGCGCCAGCCCCUGAUGGGGGACCCUGAGGGGGAGCACGAGGAGCAGAAGCAGAUCUCUUCUGUGGCCUGAAGCCCAGCCCGCCCAGGAGACAGGGCAGGAGCAGCACCCAGGGGUGGGGCCCUCCAUCCCUGCCUGCCCCCUGCUGCACUGCCACCCUAGCCUUCCCAAAGCAGGCCAUAGGGUGGCCGCCUCCAGGGUAUCCCACAAAAGCCUGCACUGUGCCCCCAUGUCUGCUGCGCCUCUCAGAGCCCCCCAGGGCUUGGAAACACUUGGGCGACUCUCUCCAAGCCUCUGGACUUGGGUGCCAGCAGAUUCCUGACUGAACACUGUCUAGCAGAUCUCCCACCCCCAGGUGUGGGUACAGAGGGGGUGCUCCCUAUCUCCCCCCACCCCUACCAUCCCCUCACCACCACUUCCGCAUCUGCAAGUCAGUGGGGCUUAGAGUCAAAAUCUGUGACUCUCCUCUAAGGUAGGAUGAAAUCGUGGCUACCCUCCAGCAUCCGGGCCCAGCAGGGGCUGAUCUGCAGUGGCACCAGCCCAGUCACCAGGACCCCAGCACCUAGACGUACUAGGCUGAGAUCCAGCACUCCCUCGCAGAAGCUACUAGAUCCUUCUGCCUGCCCUAGACCACACCACCCACACUGCUCCAGGGCUCACCGGCUCUCUCUCAACAUGGUCCUCCACAGCACCUGCGAGACAGAGAAAUUGCAUACACACACACAGAGAGAUAGAGAGAGAGAGAGAGAGAGAGAGAGAGAGAGAGUCAAAGCAGAGACAGGACUCCCUGGAGCUCUCUAGCUCUCUCAGACCACAGAUUCCUUACUUGAGGAGGAAGGGGGGAAAGGAGGCAUCUCUGAGGUUUCACUGCUCCAGGAUGACUUUUUUAGACAGAAAGACAGACAGACAGAGGCAAAGAGGCAAAGAGAGAGAAAGAGAAUAAAAGAGAUCACAGCCCUGAAGCUUCCUUCCUUCGGUUUGGCAGAAGGCCGGGGGUUUGAGCCUGCAUUGCACACACGGCAAAGCAGUGCAUGGUCCUGCUGAGCUAUUGCGCAGGCCAGACCACAGCACCUUUGUCUAUCUCAUGGCACCCUUCUCAGUGAGCUGGUAGUGGGGUAAAGCAGUGGAGGGGAAGGCCCAGGGGAACAACAGGAGGGUUCCCUGGAGAGCCCAGAGAAGGUGCUGAUGGCCCAGCCUGCCUGUCACCAUGGCAACUUUCUCCUGCCUCCCCUACUGGGUUAUCUGAGGAGAUGGCAGAGAGGCCUGGAAGCCACAGCACUCAUGGUGAUCCCCCUCCCCGCACCCCAAGAGCCUAGCCACACCUAAGUGCACCACCACUGACAGGACCACGAGGACUCAGCACCUGCGGCUCAAGAGCCACCACUCUCUCUACCCUCUCUCUCCCUCCCUCCCAGGCUGAUGGCAUAUUGGGGUUGCGGGUAGCAGACACUGUGCCUGGUGUCUUGUGAGAAGUUUCCUCGCCUGCCUAUGGGGGCAGAGCCCUUGAGCAAGAGAAGGGACCCCAUAUUCGGCUCCCAGACUCCAGCCAACAGGUUCCUUCUCCCACAGCCAAGUUAGUCCAGUUUCCAGAGCACCUAUAGCAGGGUCUGAGCUGGAGUUCAGUCUGGGCACCCUCUGCUCUGUGGCCCACAACACAGGCACAGGGCUAGCUGCUAACAGGGGUCUGUGGUACUUGGAAUGGGGGGGGGCACUCGUCUCCUUUCCUUUGUCUGCACCCUUGGGAAGCUGAUGGCAGAAGAAUCCCAGGUCCCCUUCUGCUGGGCACCAGCAGCCUCCUAGUCCCCAAGGUCAAGAGGACUCAAGUUGGGGGGUCUAGCUCAAAGACAGGGUCUCAGUGAUAGCUGAAGAUGCACGGGGAGGGGCCAGCCUGCCUUGCAUCUUUCAACCCUGCUUCUCACAGAGGAGUGUGGAAUAGGGGAGGGAGACCCCACAUGGGCUGAACUAGCCACUGAGCUCAGGGGGCUUCCUUUCGCUAGUGCACUGAACUGGGGAUUUUCUAAGAAAAAAAUGGGGGUGGGGGAGGGGCGGGUGCUCUCAAUGGUCAUAUCCUCAACCUGAGACAGGAGAUUUUUAAAGGCAAAAUUAUAUUUAUGGUUUGUUGUUUCCGAAGACCAAUAAAGACUGUAUUUUCCUA